AUGGCGUUUUCUAUCGGACAAAUUAUUUAUUUUAUUUUAUCGGUACUUAUAUUUGCUAUAAAAAGAAAAAAGACCUCAAGAAAUAUGUCAGAUUUUGUAAACAAUCCACAAGAUUGGUUUGAUAAAUCGAUUGUCGAAGAAUAUAUCACACUUUAUGAAUUUUCAGACUUCAAUAAUUUACAACCAAUAGGAAGAGGUUCAUUUGGAAGUGUCUUUCGUGCUAAUUGGAAAAAUACUGAUACAAUUUUCGCUAUAAAAAAGUUUAAUAAUAAUAAUUCGACGCCAAAUCAGGUUGUCAACGAGGUAAAAUUACAAAAAAGAGUCGAUUUUCAUGAAAACAUUAUACGAUUCCAUGGAAUCAUAAUAGAGAAAGAAACUGUUAAGUCUUAUCAUAAAUUUUUUUCUCUAACUAAUGCGUAUUCAGAUCAGUCAGAUGUAAUUUACUCACUCAUUUUAGAAUAUGCUGACAGUGGUACAUUGUCAACUUAUUUAAAUGAGUAUUUUAAUGAGCUUGAAUGGAAUGAUAAAUAUCGGUUAUCGUUACAACUAACCAGCGCAGUAGCGUGUAUACAUGAAUGUGGUAUUAUUCAUUGCGAUCUGCAUGCAGAUAAUAUAUUUAUACAUCAGAAAAUGAUAAAAGUAGCAGAUUUUGGUUUAUCAAGAAAAAUUUCUUCGUCAAGUAACCCAUCAAACCUAUUUGGUGCAAUACGUUAUAUGGAUCCAAAAGCUUUAAAUAAAGAUAUAAAUUAUAAAUUAAAUAAAAAAUCUGAUGUAUAUAGCGUUGGAAUUUUAAUGUGGCAAAUUUCAAGUGGAUAUCCACCAUUUUCUUCAAAAUCUACAAAAUGCAUCAGUAACGACAAACGUUUGACCGUAUCUAUAGUGAAUGGUAAAAGAGAAGAAAUUAUUGAUGGUACUCCUGUCAAAUAUAGCAAUUUAUACACAGAAUGUUGGAGAUAUGAAUCAAAUGAACGUCCAAAUAUGCAAGAUGUUGUUUUAAAACUUAAAACAAUGGUUUUUUCUGAACAACAGGAUAUAAUUAUUGAUGCUACUAACAAAAAAAGGAAAAGUGGUGGUUUAAUUUUUUUGAGAAAAUUUUUUGAAAGGUUUCACAUGACUUUAAUCAACACAUUCACGUAA